UUGAUUUGAUUUGAGGUCCGAGAAGCCGAAGAUUCCACCGGAAGUAGUAUUCUUGUUUACAGCAGUUAGCUAAAGUGUUAGCUAGUUAGCAAAGUAGCUACCGGUAGAUAUAUCUAGCUAACAUAAAAGAGGAAGAUGAGCAGCUCGGAGGAGGUGUCAUGGAUCUCCUGGUUCUGUGGCCUGAGGGGGAAUGAGUUUUUCUGUGAGGUUGAUGAGGACUACAUUCAGGACAAGUUUAACCUGACAGGGCUCAAUGAGCAGGUGCCUCACUACCGCCAGGCCCUUGACAUGAUCCUGGACCUGGAGCCAGAUGAGGAGUUGGAAGACAACCCCAACCAGAGUGACCUGAUAGAGCAGGCUGCAGAGAUGCUGUACGGGCUGAUCCACGCACGCUACAUCCUCACCAACAGAGGCAUCGCUCAGAUGCUGGAUAAGUACCAACAAGGGGACUUUGGCUAUUGCCCAAGAGUGUACUGUGAGAAUCAACCCAUGCUUCCUAUUGGUCUGUCAGACAUCCCAGGUGAGGCAAUGGUGAAGCUGUAUUGUCCAAAGUGCAUGGAUGUGUACACCCCCAAGUCCUCUCGGCACCACCACACGGACGGGGCCUACUUCGGGACAGGCUUCCCCCACAUGCUAUUUAUGGUGCACCCAGAGUACCGGCCAAAACGACCUGCCAACCAGUUUGUGCCAAGGCUAUAUGGCUUCAAGAUCCACCCCAUGGCUUAUCAACUCCAACUCCAGGCUGCCUCCAGCUUCAAGAGUCCUGUGAAGGCUAUUCGCUAGAACUUACACACCCGGCUGGGAAAGAGACAUUUUGACUUGGUUGGAAUGAAAGCAGUGGAUUAUGUAGCUCAAUAAAGGCUUGUUAAAAACACAUUAUGACAGAUACAAUACAUACAUGUAGAUCAGGGAUGGGAAACUACAGUCAUCUUGGGUCGCAGUAUUACCCCAUUCAUAGCAAACACAGCUGACACAUUGUAUUCUAAACUGAGGAUCAUGCUUAGUUAAUUAUUGGAGUCAGGUGUGUUAGCUGCAGCAAAAAUAUCACACCAAUCAGGCCCCAGAAGGACUGGAGUUGACCAUCCCUGAUGUAGUUAGAUGUCAACGUCCGGACCAGGCCAUCAUCUGUUACACAGGAUGCUCUUUGGUGAUUGGCUCCCUCUGUGCUUUAGCCUAUCAUAACCCUACUGACUACAAUCGUGCAACUCUUCCCCUCUCCUUGACAGGACCCAAUCUUUCAAACCUUUUUUCAGUUUGGCUCGCUAAGGCAGGGUUUUCCAAACUCAGUCCUGAGGCCCCCCCCAGGUGCACCUUUUGUUUUUUGCCCAAUUCUGAUCUUUUGCCCACGUAUUGUCAAAAGAGCUGAUGUGAUUGGUCAGAGUUGGGCAGCCUGUGUGAGCACAUCCCAAUACCUGUUUUCACACUAUCAUGCUGACCUGCAAAGUAUUGGGCUGGCUCAGAUACAUUCUCUACAUGGUUUCCUUUCCCGCAUGGUUCCAUUACCGAGGGUGGACACGUAACUUAGCAGUGUGAAAAGGCUGAUAUAAAACGAUCUUCAAUGAUUGUUCAUAUCCAGAUGAUUGGCUGAGAAUCCAAUUAACAACCAGUUUGAUAUGUAUGAUAGAUUCCCUAGAGAAUGGAUGCUGCACAAAUUGAAUUUAAGACGGAGUUUAUUAGAUGUAUAAGAUGUGUUCUCAGGGUGAAGGGCAACAUGGGUUUGCUUUGUGCUGACAUAAAACACCAGUGCUGGAACACUCACUGUCCCAAAGUGAAAAUGUUCGGGCCACUUAAGCCAUCAUUAGUUGUGAACAUGUCCAUGACAGAGCAGAGUUGUCUCUUGACUGGACAUUGAGACACAUGGUUUCUCUUGACUGGACACUGAGACGCAUGGUUUCUCUUGACUGGACACUGAGACGCAUGGUUUCUCUUGACUGGACACUGAGACGCAUGGUUUCUCUUGACUGGACACUGAGACGCACGGUUUCUCUUGACUGGACACUGAGACGCACGGUUUCUCUUGACUGGACACUGAGACGCAUGGUUUCUCUUGACUGGACACUGAGACGCAUGGUUUCUCUUGACUGGACACUGAGACGCAUGGUUUCUCUUGACUGGACACAGA